AUGUCUACUGCUACCUCGUCGACGCCCCCACUUGCGAAAUCCCUCGCUUCAACUGAUAAAAAAACUCGCGACAAAGCGAUCAAAAACCUGUCCGUUUUUCUUUCCGACUCAACUCGAGAUGUCAUCUCCAAACCAGACAUGGACAAACUAUGGAAGGGGAUUUUCUACUGUUUCUGGAUGUCCGAUAAACCACUGGUCCAACAAGCACUCGCAAGCGAGUUGGCCGAAAUCGUUCUUACCAUAACAACAUUCCCCUCGUCUCUGUUUUUCCUGCGCGGAUUUUGGGAAGCUACCGUUCGGGAAUGGAAUGGAAUUGAUCGACUUCGAAUCGACAAAUACUACAUGCUUGUGCGGCGGUUUGUUAAUGCCACCUUCCGCCUUUUGAUACGCACGGAGUGGGAUCAGACUUCAUGCGACGAAUACAACGACAUCUUGGUAAAAGAAGGCGGUCCAUUAUGUCCUACAGACAUCAAGGUUCCCGCAAGUCUGGCAUACCAUUUAGCCGAUAUAUAUGUCGAAGAACUGGACAAGGUCAUGGGAAGAGCCGAUUCGCACCCUUUACCCGCACCUCUUGGUACCCUCAUCGACCCCUUCAUCAUGUUUUCUGCCAGAACACCUUCAAGUGUGACCUACGAUCGGAUUAACUCGGCUUUAUUCGAACCAUUGUUGUCUGCCCUAUCCCCUCCUUCUUCCAAUGACCGGCCACCGAGCGCAAAACGUAUCAAACUAGACACAGACCCUGCCACAUUCCCUCAUCUACUCAAAAAUUCCUGUUUCAAAAACCCCAAACUUGAGGGUAAUAUAGCAGGCGUUGAGUUGAAUAAAAAUCUUCUGAGAAGGGUUUUUGAAGUGGCGAGUCGACCGGAGACACGGGACUCAAAUCGGAGAAAGAUGUAUGCUCUGUGGAAGGAAGGCAUCGAUGAUAAGGAUGAUGAUGAGUAA